AUGAACUCGUCCGCCAAUGGCAGUACAGGCAGCAAGGUCCAGGUGCUUAUGUCGGACGAGGCCAAAUUCUAUUUCGAUUUUUGGUUCGGCACCAUCGUCAGCACUCCUUUAGCCAUCCUCACCAUGAUCGCCAACGUGCUCAACAUGGUCGUGUUCGUCAAGAUGGGCUUCCAGGAGCGUGUCAACUACACCCUGUUCUGGCUGUCCGUCUGCGACUUUGUCACCGCCGGGACGGUGUCGAUAAUGAGCAAUUGUCACGUCGGCGACAUUUCGGCGUUCGGAGUCGUUUUGGACGCUGACUCGACGGCCUUGAUCAUGGCCUGGACGCGCUGCAUGUUCGUGGAUGUGUCCAGCGUGCUGACUGUGUACGUUUCGGUGGAGAGGUGCAUGUGUAUCCUCAGACCUUUCACCUUCAACACCACAUUUCUUGUUAGACACGCCAAGGCGAUCAUGACGGCACUCUCGCUCUUCGUGAUCAUCAACUAUCUUCCGAUCUUUUUCACGUUCGACUUCCACCUAGAAUUCAACCUAGCCACCAAUACCACCAUCCUUUUCAUGACCUACUCCGACGUCAACCUUCGGUUCCAGCUUUACAACGAUAUGGCCUUCGGGUUCCUCUUCACUGGCAUGUGCCAGAUCUGCAUCUUCUUUUGCGCUGUCGUGAUGCAUCAUGGGCUGCGGAAGACGUCAACGGUUCGAGACAGCGCCAGUCAGGAGAAAGGGGACUCAAAAGGGCGAGGGGUCAAGGGGUCAGCCAUGUCCACGAAAGAAAGACGAAUGGUGAGGAUGAUACUCAUCCUAGCGUCGCUGUACAUGGUGAUAAGUGUCCCUCAGAUUCUGUUCUUGGCGGCCUGUCACAUAUCGCCUGAUCUGACGGCAGAUGAGAACUACAACAUUCACAUUAGCAUAUACAGUGUUGGCAUUUACUUGGGUGUCAUCUACGGAUGUUUCAGUACAGUCAUCUACUUCAAGUGUAGUACUAAUUAUAGGGCCGUCAUAUUUCGCGCCAUCGGAUAUUUCGUGACCAAGAAUAUAUAUGAAAAGUAA